AUGAGGGUGCAGUUCCAUAAUGAACUGUGGACACUCAUGCUUCUUGCCAGUAUUGCUGUGGUUAAUGUGGUUUUCAAUCAACAUCUAUGUCCACCGUGCAAGUGCUUUGAUAGCAACGGAAGUUUUAUCGCAAACUGCAGCCACAAAAGUCUGGAUCGAGUACCAUCUUCCCUCCCGAAUUAUACCAAAGAGUUGUUAUUCAGUGGAAACAAUGUGACCAAACUCUCCAAUGAUUCCUUCGUGACAAUACCUCUACUGACACGUUUAGACUUGUCAAACAACAAUGUAAGCCUCAUCGAAACGGCAGCUUUUGCUAACAUGUCAAACCUACGCUAUCUGUCAUUACAAGGAAACAACUUAGCAUACAACAAUCUUUCCUCCUCCAUGUUUCAAAACUUGCAAAACCUGACUGUCCUCUACCUAAACAACAACAUUGACACCGAUGACGCUACAGUGGAAUACCCAAGUGAUGCAAUUCAAAGACUGUCAUCUCUUACGACUUUGUAUGUUGAUGGUCUAAAAGAUAAAAUAUUUGCCUCAGGGUUUUCGAAACUAAAUAAUCUAAUUAACCUGACAAUCGAAAGUAGCAACAAAAAAUGUGACAUGUAUAAUAUAACUCUACACACGUUUAAAUACUUACCCUAUCUUGAACAUGUAAAGAUUAUUCAGUGUAAUCUUCACUUUAUUGCACAGGGAUCCUUUCGUCAUCAACAUCAUCUUAAAACGUUGGACUUGUCUCAUAAUAAUGCCCUUACAUUCAAAGGCGUUACACAUGCUACACAUGGAAUAGCAUCAUCACUUGAAGGAUUAUUCAUAGAUGAAAUAGUACAUCCAUAUGCGAUUUGCGUUAUCAUUACAAAGGAAUUUUGUAAAAACCUUAACCGCACCAGCCUGACUGAAUUACAUGCCAAUAUGAACAGAGUAACCGUAUUUCAGGCAGGGGCACUUAGAUUCCUUCCAAAAUCACUGAAAAAGGUGUAUUUAAAGGGGAACAGAUUUGAAUAUGAUGCUUACGUUAGGGAUAUUUCAUCUUUAGUGGGAUUAGAAGUGGUGGAUUUAGGAGGUUAUGCCAAUAAGAAACUGCCGUUUCAGUCUCUGGCCGAUUUCAACCAAACUUCAACUUGCACUGACUGCACCGUUUUAGGUAAUAUCUCUGGAGGGGAUAUGUUCAAAUCACUGAGCCAGCUUCAGACCUUGGACCUAUCAGCAAACUACAUAAAUAACUACUCAUCCAUUCUUUUUUCGAACAUGUCAUCGCUGCGAGAGCUAAUCAUUUCUAGGAAUAGGAUAUAUGCCUUACGAUUUGAUAUAAGUCACAUGAAAAACUUAAGACUUUUACAAUGUUCCGGGAACGAAUUACCUGGGUUAACGGAGGACUUUACAACUAGCCUUGACAAACUUUCGGAUCAUCAUAAAAUGACAGUAGACCUAUCACAAAACCCUAUCCAAUGCACAUGCAUCAACCUUCCAUUUCUCUCAUGGAUGGUAACAGCUAAAGCUAAAGGCAGAAUUUCGUUUGGAAAUCUUUCAGAGUAUGACUGUUAUUAUGAUGAGGUGCAUAGCGUGAUUCUUGAUGACCUGGAGAAGAUUGUGGCAGAUUUAAACGUCUCCUGUCAAUCUUUUCCUUAUCAUUUCAUUUUUUUUGUCGGAAUGUCGUUAGUCGUCCUUGUUACUCUACUGUGUUCACUACUGUAUCGAUUCCGUUGGAAGUUGAAAUAUUUGUACUAUGCAGCACGACACGGAUACCACACAACACAUCCAUCCAAUCACACGUUUGUAUUCGAUGCUUUUGUUUCCUUCGCGGAAGAAGACCGUGAUUUUGUUGUCAAUGAGCUCCUGGUGAAGCUUGAGGAUGAGUCAGACAUGAGGCUGAACUUCCAUCAGAGGGACUUCACCCCUGGCCGUCCUAUAGCUCAUAACAUCAUCGAAGCUGUCAAAACCAGCAAACGAACGCUGGUUAUCUUGUCAAGAGAGUUCUUAAAGAGCCACUGGUGCGUCCAUGAGCUUCAGAUGGCUCACAUGGAGAGUGUGUCUACAGGUAGGGAUGUGCUGCUGAUUGUGAUGAUGGAGCACAUUCCGACCAACAAAAUUCCAGUGGAAAUAUUGUAUCAUAUACAAUCGGAUUCUUAUUUGGAAUAUCCAUUGGAAGGGGAGAAACUUAUGUUCUGGAGAAAUCUCAUUGGCUGUCUCAGGGACUAAAUAACCUGUUACAACGCCUUACCUCUGAAAUAAUCACAAAUACACAAGCAUGUAUAUAUGACAAGCUAUAUAACCAAUCAACAGAUUACAAUGAUACAUUACAACUCAAUUAAUCAUGGGCUACAUGUUAAACAACGAGUUGAUUAACAUUCGGCGAAUGUGUUUGAUUGUACGUGAAAUAUAAACAAUGCAUUUGUAUUCUUCUUUUGACAAGCAUCACUGCCUUACAUAAAAACAUUCAAUAAUCAUAAUAGGUUUUAACCAAUCGCUGUUGUUUUGUAUCUUCUAAGCUAUCAAGUGCCACCUUUCUUA